GUGUUACGUUUGGGGAAGUUGCUCAACAUCGGAAAUAACAUAUUUUACUGGACUGUGAGCAAAAUGUCAGUUUGUGGUGUUCUGAUUUCAUGGGUGCACCCAAUGGCGGACUAGUAGGACCAAUAACAGCGCUGUAAGUUGCACACCAUGUCAGUCUAAAACACAAACUCAGGUUGUGUCAGUAUUUUGUCGAAGAAUGAACAAUUCAGUAACUCCCUCUACUUACAUCCGCAACCUCAGUUAUACUUUACGUCGCAAAUUGUCCGACUUUUUGGACCCUCAAGACAGGUGGAUAGAUGUUAUUGUCUCGAUACGGAAGCCGAGUGGUGAGUUGAGGUACUCUCAGCAUCAUGUGAGGCGUUUUGAAGGCCUUGUGGGGGAAAGUCCCACAGUGGCUCUGCUGGCUGACUGGGGGACCACCAACAGUACAGUGGGAGACCUUGUGGACAUUUUGAAGAGUCACAAGUUACUGGCUGCUGCUAGUAUCCUGCUACCUGUGGAAGAGUUUGUCUCAGCAGAGACACAGCCGGCGUGUCCAGCAGUACAAACAUACAGCGCCCUUCCAACUCGACGAGUGGAAGAGAUGGAGACACAGCCACCACCUGACAGCUCCGUCCUGCAGCCUCAGAUUCUACUGGAGAGCAGUGAGCCAGAACACACAGGUGCUCUUCUUUCAAGUUUCUCCAGUUUCUUGUACAAUGAGUUGAUGCAGAUUACAGGCAAUUUUGAUGACCGGCCCAUAUCAGACGGCGGCAGCAGACUCGGAGAGGGAGGCUUUGGCACCGUGUACAAAGGUCUCCUUAAUGACAAACCUGUUGCAGUGAAAAAGCUCAAUCCUAUGGAUGACGUCUCCCUGGACGAGCUGCAAGUUCAGUUCAACCAAGAAAUCCAGACUCUGAAAGCGUUGAAACAUGAAAACUUGGUUGACAUGGUUGGAUUUUCUUCUGAUGGACAGCACCCGUGUUUGGUGUAUGCCCUCAUGGUCAAUGGUUCUGUGCUCGACCGACUAGCUUGCUUGGAGGAAAGUCGUUCACUGUCCUGGCGACAGAGGUGUUUGAUAGCUGAAGGGACAGCGAGAGGCUUGGAGUAUCUGCACAGCAACCAUCAUGUCCACAGAGAUGUUAAAAGUGCAAAUAUCCUGUUAGAUGAAACAUUUGUGGCAAAAAUCUCAGACUUUGGGCUGACGAGAGCAUCGGCCAAGCGGACAUCAACAACCAUAAUGACGGAGAGGAUUGUGGGUACCCGUGCAUAUAUGGCACCCGAGGCGCUGAGAGGAGAGAUCACAUCAAAAUCUGAUAUCUUCAGCUUCGGAGUGGUGUUGUUGGAAAUAUUGUCUGGACUCUCGCCAGCCGAUGAAAAGCGCGAGCCACAGUUCUUGAUGGAGGUGAGGUAUGAUAUAGAUGAUGAAGACGAGGAGCUGACUCUUGAAGACUUCCUGGACAAAAAGAUGAGCGAUUGGGAGCUGAGCCAGGUGGAGAGCGUCUACUCGCUGGCCUGUAACUGCCUCCACGACAGGAAAAACAGACGGCCAGUCGUCAAAGAGGUCCUGUUGGAACUAAAAGGAGUUGUCAAAUGCAUGUUACUGGAUUUUACGGCACAGGAGUGAAGCGUAGCAUCCCAGAAAGGUCACGGUGCGCACACUGACUCAUCCAUUUUCUUCUAAAGAGUUUGAGAAAUUAAUAUUACUUGUAGACUGUGAAGGAUAGAAAUUUUUUUUUUUUGUACUGUCUUUUGUUAAAAUAAACUGCAUUUAAAAAAAAUCUUAUUACCUUCAUGUUUUAUAUUUUUAAGAAGAAUGUGGCUUAGUUUAGUUACGACAGGUUUGAUAUCUUAAUAUAAAGUAAUUGUUCUUACCGCAGUGUGUUUGUCAUGUAUUUAUUGUGAAGGAAUAAAAUCAAAGAAACAGAAAA